AUGAUGUUUGCCACAUUUUUUGCUACGUUGUCUUGCUCAUAUGCGACUGUGCUCAGGUUUUGUUCUUUAUGUGUUUGUUCGCUGUCCGACGUAGAGCUGAAUGUUUCUCUUUUCAGGCAACGCACGUUUCAAACGCCUGCUGGAUUCUGCCUCUUAGGCAUUUGGGCGAGGUUGUUCUCUGCACGUAAGCCUGAGUCAUCCGAUGAGGUGCUCAAACUGAUUUCCAGUGCACGAGUACUGGUCACCGACAAGAAGUACGAAGAAGCUGCAGAAGUUCUGCACGAAGCUUUGAAAAAGGCACAAGAACAAAACGACCAGAACGCGAUCAAUUAUAUAUAUGACUUUCUAGCCAACAUUUACUACUACUUAGGCGACCUGGAAAAAGCCAAGGCGGUGUUCAUCGACCUAAUGAGUCGUCUUUUAUCUAGCGGCACGCCGAAAACCGACUGUUCGAUUGUUGAAAUUUCCUUGAAACUAGCUGACAUCUACGUCCAGGAAGGAGAUCUUGAAAAGGCGGAGGCCGGCUUUAAGUUCUGUGUGGAAACCCAGAAGCGUAAUGUCGAGCAAGCGGAGCAAGCUUUUCUAGCCGUUGACACGUUCGGUAAAAAAUCAAUCGACAUCUACGCGUUGUACGGAAUGGUUUUGGAGACCUACGCAGGUUUCCUAGUCUCAACCAGUCGUGUCGAGGAGGGCGUCGAAUGCAUAAAUCGAGCACUGGAACUUGCACGAGAAGUCUACAGUCCUCUGCACCCGCAGAUCGUGACGAUUCUGAACAAUUUCGGCUGCAAAUGCUUACAGCACCGCCAUUUCGAAACGGCUAAGCGAUACAUCAGCGAGGCGGUUAAGCGCGCGCAGAUGAUAUCCGAGUUGGCCCACCGGCUUCCCAGCUAUUACUGCAACUAUGCUGAGGCGUUAUGGCACUGCGGUGAGCAAGCGCUAGCCUUAGAAACCACUAAAAAGGCGGCAAAAGUCGCUGAAGAACUGAAAGACGAGGAGACUUUAAGUCGUGUAAAUGAAUAUCUAGCAAGCUUGGUCGCUGACGUAUCUCGAUAG